AUGGCACCCUAUCUUCAGACCAGCUUGAUAUGGAUCGCAUAUGCCGUGGCUGUCGGCCUGGCGCUGUUCGCUGCCAUCGUCACCACCUUCACAUGGCAGACGCCACGCGAACGAUCUGCAGUUGUCAACACAGUUGCAGUGAUCAGCUUGACAGCUCUGUUGGCGACCGUUCUGCUCUUACCCGUCGAUAUCGCUCUCGUCUCCUCGACCGCCUCCGUACACCUCGGUGUCAAGAAAGAAUGGGCGACUCCAGAGCACGUGGCUGGAAUGCUACAUACUCUCCAGAUUGUGUAUUAUUCGCUCUACAGCCUUGAUGCCCUGCUGUGUCUGAUCGUCAUCCCCUUUGCAUACUUCUGGUACGAGGAAUAUGAUGAGGUGGAGGAGGAAGAAGGCACGCGCAGCACCGGGGCCAAGCUCUGGGGGGCUUUCAAGUAUACAUCGGGCUUCAUAAUCUUGGUGCUCAUUCUUUUUUUCGUGGGAUUCUUUGUGCCAGCCGCCGGCAACCAGAAAGGUGAUCACUUGGAUCUUGACUAUUUCAAGCGGCUGCUGGCUGCGAAUAAGGGAGAGAAGGCUUUGACCUUUGCUGUUGGCUUGCUCGUAUGCCUGGGUACUUUGCUCUAUGUUCUAUACACAAGCUCAGGCCUGGCACUGCUGCCAAUCUCAUUCAUCAAAUCUGCGCCAUCCAUUUCAGCGCCGCAGCUAUCCGAAACUACAGCGUCUGCUCUGGAGACGAACCGCGAGCGUCAGCGCCAGCUUGAACUUCGUAACAGUGGCAACCACGAUGAAAUGUCUAGCAAGGACAGGCGCGAGCUCGAGUCUCUGGUGCGAGAAGAACGGACUCUAGUGCGCCGUGCACGACUGGCCGCGGAGGCUCAGGGCGAGGGCCGCAGUUUCGUAUACAGGGCAUGGACCAAGAUCUGCGCCGUUUUUCGACCUCUGAAGCUGAUCGGCGGUGUCCUUCUCCUUCUCGUCUCAGUCAUUGUUUGGGUUUCGAUGCUUAUCACCACAAUCGACAAGGCGUCAAACUCGCUCUGCAAAGGUCACUGCGGCUACAUCCUCGGGCAACUCAAGAUUUUCCAGCCCGUCAACUGGCUCUUCCUCCAGGCAGCAAAGGCCUUCCCUGUGGAUUAUAUUAUCAUGGCAUUCUUGGUGAUCUUUUUCUUCAGCAGCUCCAUCUCAGGUCUUGCAACGGUUGGCAUUCGCUUCCUUUGGGUCCAAAUCUUCCAGAUCCGGCGUGGUAGGACAGCGCCGCAGGCCAUCCUAAUUGCUACGGUUAUGAUGGCGCUCAUAAUACUGGGCAUCAACUACGCCAUUGCGAUGAUGGUUGCCCCCCAGUACUCGAUCUACGGCACGCAGACUUUCUGCACUGCAGAGCCACCGGCUCACGGCAAGCAGCCCGACUGUUCGGAGCACCCGGAGAUGGUAAGACCGUGCUCCGAGGAGUUCAAGCAAUCGCUGGCCAAGGAUAUCUGCACACCAUCGGUCAUGUCGACCUUCCUCAACCGCGUCACGUUGAACUGGCCAGUCUUUGGUGCUGUUGACUUUUGGGCGCAGGUUGCUUUCCUGGCAGUGUUCCUCAUUGUUCUUGUGACCUCGCUGUUCCGGACCCCCAAGCUCAACAUGAGCGAGCUGGACGAAGAGGCCGAGGCCGACGAGGAGGAGGGUCUGCUUGCAAGCACGGGUCGUAGGUUCGGUGCGACAUGGCAGGACAUCACUGGCAGAGCUUCAAAUCAGGAAAAUGGCGACAACUAA